AUGCCAUCUAUCGAUCCUCCGGCGCAUAGGCGACGGUCUCACAACCCCGCCCACGGUCACGGUCACGAUGCCGUCACAUUCCCACCAGUAACCAGAGAACAUAUCCUCAACUGCUCCUAUGAUAUGUGGUUUCCAAAAUAUCGCACCUCCUGCCUACAAUCUAGAAUUAUCCCACUCACCCCCGACUUUGUCGACUACUUGCGCGAAGACGGUAUAAUACUGGCCGACGACGACGAAGAAGAGGGCGACGAGAUUGCGCAGUCAGAUGAGGAGUGGCACCAAACCACACCCCCAUCUAGACCCCCUCCACAAGAAGUCUACUCAGACGAAUCCGACGAAUCCGAAGAUGAGGGCCCGCCUCCCAUCCCACCGAACCGUCGCUUUCCCCAACUACACAAAACCAUAGCGGAAGCUAUCCAGGAGCUCGGCGGAAGUGUAGUCCCCAAGCUCAACUGGUCUGCUCCCAAGGAUGCGACCUGGAUCUCCCCCUUCAACACCCUCAAAUGCACCACUCCCAACGACAUCUACCUCCUCCUCAAGAGCUCCAGCUUCGUCAGCCAUGACCUCGAGCAUCCCUUUGACGGCUGCGUCCCCGUUACUGAGCCCCCGUCCUUCACACCAGUUCUGGUCCUUCGACCCCAUUUCCCCAUCCAACCGUCUCUCGAAUUCCGGUGUUUCGUCAAGCAGCGGACGCUGAUCGGAAUAUCGCAGCGCGACCUCAACCACUUUGAGUUUCUCGGGAAGCUCCAACCCGUCAUCAUCUCCCGAAUUCAAAAAUUCUUUUCAGAGAAGCUACAGACGACCUUUCCCGAUCCGUGCUUCGUCUUCGACGUGUAUAUCCCCGAGGAUUCCGACGUCCCAGACGGUCUGGGAAGGGUGAGGCUUAUGGACAUCAACCCGUGGGCACCUCGCACAGACACGCUCCUCUUCGGCUGGGGCGAACUUCUCGACAUGCGCGUGCCGAACCCGAUGCUGGGGUCGGUCACGCUGGAACAUCACGUUCCUGAAUCAAGCAGCGCCGGCGAGACUACCGACGAGGAUGACGCGGACGCAUUCGUGCCCGAGCUGCGUCUCAUCGAGAAGGACGACCCGGCAGCUUUCAACUUUAGCUCGUCGCAGUAUUCGGCGCAUAAGCUGCCGAAGGAAGUGGUUGAUGCGAGCAUGGGAGGCGAAGGCGGGCUCGCUGAGUUUGCGAAGAUGUGGAGGGAUGCGACGGGGAAUCAGGGAGGAGAUAUGUGGCAGCAACCGCGUAGGUAG